CUAGCCCAGGUCCGUCGCCACUAGACACCAAUUGGUCCAAGUCGAUCUGAUCAACCAGACCCGCCAUAACAGAAUUUCACGGUUCUUCAACCAGAGCAACCCGCUCCUUCGCAUUGCUAUAGUGGACAUGCCCCCGAACAUUUAUUAGGGCUUCCAUUAUCUCGUAGUAGGUUAUCAGGAUGACGUCGUGCCUGUUAAGGCGCCAGGGAGACUCGAAUUCGGUCGAGCAGCAGCUUCCCUUCACUGGCGAUACUGUGAGCGACCUCGACUUCUCCAGAGAGCAGCAGACCAACCAGUCCGAUGCUGGGUCGAACAUCGUCCCCAGAUCACGUCCAAUAAGAGCCCCGUCUUCCACAUCGGCAUCGAUACUGUCUGGGUCGUAUACGCAGAGGACUCCCGCACGGUCAUUCGCGCAUCAUGCUUCUCAUGCCGCCAUAGACAACCUGCAAUACUCAUCCCAUGGUGUGCGUGAGAGGACCCAGGAGCUCGCCUCCUACGCACUGGACUUGGACGCUUUCCAGAGCCGCCCUCGGAGACCCAGCUACCCGGAAUCGGACACGGUAUCAACUCGGCGAGCAGGCUUCUUCUCGCAGGACACUGAUGUCGGCGAGGGGAGGGUAUCGUCUGAAUCAUUCAGGACUGAAGUCAUUGGGGGGGACGAUGGGGUGGAAUCGCCAGAGACGGUGGUUGAUGAAUCUCGGCAAGGCGGCAGGAACUUCUUCAGCCCAACGCCGUACACAGAAGUUGAUCCCCAAAGUCAGGGAGGAGGAAGUUCUGGAGCAGUUCAGGGAAUAUCGGUCCGCACAGGCCUCCCCAACGUUGUAGUCCAAGAUACCGAAGCAACCCCACUUCUACCCAAGCCCAGGCUAUCUCGGACGGAUGCUCCAGCACAGUACAAGUCAAUAAAGCCUGCUUCUUCAGACCACUCAAGCACGGCGAGCUUCAGGAUACGGGUUGGGGAGCACUUCACCGCCAGUCGAGAGCAUCUAGUUGGGGCCGGACGCUCGGUGCUGAAUCCGAAGAACUACACCAAAGACGCAGCUAUCUCAGGAGCUAUCACAAGCUUACAGACGCUCUCAGCCGUCUUUCUAGGGUUGCUUCUGAAUGUCCUGGAUGCGCUCUCCUACGGAUAUAUCCUUUUCCCCCUGGGAUCCCCGGUUUUCAGCUCGACUGGUCCAGAUGGCAUCUCUAUCUUCUUCGUUAGCUGCAUUGUAUCACAACUCUGCUACUCCCUGGGACUAUCCGUUUUCAAAGGCGGCGUUGGAUCUGAAAUGAUUGAAGUGGUGCCUUUCUUCCACAAGAUGGCCUACUCAAUUAUGAAACGCAUGAAGGGCCAAAGCGACGAGGCAAUCAUUGCUACAGUCAUAGUAUCUUACUGCCUGAGCUCGAUUGUAACUGGCCUAAUCUUCCUCACUCUCGGGGGGUUUAAAUUGGGCAGUUUGGUUAGCUUCUUUCCUCGGCACAUCUUGAUUGGAUGUAUUGGAGGUGUCGGAUUCUUCCUUGUGGUGACCGGUAUUGAGGUUUCUGCGCGUCUUGAAGGUAACUUAAACUAUGACUUCAACACGCUGCACAAGCUCUUCUCCCAUGACACGGUCUAUCUCUGGUUGCUUCCACUUGUCCUUGCGGUCAUCGUCUUGGUUAUGCGACGGCUGAUAAAGAGCCCAUUUGUUCUGCCCAUUUUCUUCAUUAUUGCAUUCGCCAUCUUUUACCUCAUCAUCAAAGGCAUCCUCGGACUUGACUUGGAGACCGUUCGUAAUUCCGGUUGGAUCUUCGAGAUGCCGGAAGCAGGCGUGCCGUUCUACAGAUUCUAUUCUUAUUUUAAAUUUGGCAGCAUUGACGGGGGGGCACUAAUUAGUACUAUUCCGACUAUGUUUGCGUUGUCGUUCUUUGGUAUUAUCCACGUCCCAAUCAAUGUCCCAGCUCUCGGUGCGGCUGUAAAAGAAGACAAUGUCAAUGUCAAUCGGGAACUCAUCGCUCAUGGUAUAUCGAAUACGCUGUCUGGACUAGUCGGGAGCAUUCAAAACUAUCUCGUCUACGCAAACAGCAUUCUCUUCAUUGAGAAUGGUGGCGACAGCCGCGCAGCGGGCGUUUUGCUCGCUGUUGCGACCACUGCCGUGUGGAUGUCUGGUCCAGCCAUGAUAGGAUUUAUUCCUAUUUGUCUAGUCGGCGCCUUAAUCUUUCUGCUUGGCAUUGAAUUACUGGAGGAGGCCGUAUGGGAUACCUUCGGUAAAUGCCACAAGCUAGAAUACCUUACCAUCAUCGCCAUCGUCCUCAUCAUGGGCGUCUACGAUUUCGUCGUCGGCAUCUUCGCAGGCAUCGUCCUUGCUUGCCUCAGCUACGUUGUCCAGAGCUCUCGCACGCCAGCUAUCCGCGCCUCAUAUAGCGGAGAUGUCGCUGAAUCAACAGUGCGUCGCCCGCGCGCCGACCGCCGCUAUCUCAGCCGCGUCCGCGGUCAAAUGCGCGUCAUCAAGCUCAGCGGCUUUCUCUUCUUCGGGACCAUUGUCUCGGUAGAGGAGUAUAUGCGGUCCUUGAUCGAAGAAGAUAACUUCCAGAAGCAGCCUGUAAGUUUCAUUAUCGUGGACUUCUCGCACGUCACAGAUGCGGAUUUUUCCAGCUCCGAGGGGUUUCAGCGCAUCAACCGCAUACUUAGCCGCAAGCACGUUAAGAUGAUUGUUUCCGGUAUUUCGUUUGCGAGUAAAGUAGGCCAAGCGCUCCAGAAUGUCGGGCUCCUUGACGCAGAGAAAGCUGGCGAUGAGUGCCCCCCGCCAAGUGUCUUUGAAGACCUCAACACGGCCCUCGAGGCCUGUGAGAACGAACUUCUGGAAGCUUUCUACAAGCACUGUAGCUCUUCUACCAAUCGACGACAGAGAACUCCACCGAUAUCCAUCACGCCAGAGGGCCUCGCGCAGCAUACUCCUAACUCUCCAGGCUUUCGGAACUCAACAACUUCCGGCUCGCUGAUUUCCUCCCUUCGCACUAACCCUCUCGAUCCAGAAUGGCAGUCUCCACGCCGCGGAGCCCAACUCCUAGCCGCAGCAACCACGAUGCGCGAACAAGGCGCUGAACCCAACUCCGCCGAAGCCGACACACCCUCCGCACCCUUCCCCUCAAAAUGGAAGAGCUUCGCGCAACCCAUCAAAAUUCUGCUCCAAACCUUCGAAGACGUGUCCGCCAAAAAUGAAGACUUCUGGCAAAUCGCCGCGCCAUACUUCCAGCGCAAAGAGUACCCGGCCGGCACCGUGCUCUACACGCGUGGCGACGAACCCGACGGCUUUUACAUUCUCGAGAAGGGCCGAUUUCGCGCAGAGUAUGAGCUCGAUCAAGGGCAUUUUUAUGAGGUUAUUUUGCCUGGGACGACGUGUGGCGAGUUGCCUUUUUUCUCGCAGACGGAUCGGACCGGGACGGUGGUGGCGGAGAAUGAUUCUACGGCGUGGUUGCUUACAAGGGAGAAGUAUAAUGAGUUGGAGGAGAGGAAUAGGGAUGUGGCGAGUGAGUUGUUGAAGGUGGGGCUGAAGUUGACGAAGGAGAGGAUGGAUGCUAUUACUUCAUAUGUGCUUGUUACCGCGUCGUAGGAUGAAUGGAUAUAAUACGCGCUUGUCAACAACCACAAGACGGACGAACAAGUGGAGGAAGAGAUGUA